CGUUUUACUAUAAAAACAAAAUCGUUUGCAGAAGUUUUACUAAUCUAAGCCGUGUGUUUGCCUAAGACCUGGAGAAUAUUUAAGACUUGAUGAAUGCUCAGGGGAAGAUGCCGUUUUUCUUUUUCUCUUUGAUUAUCAUCAUGGCUGCGUGUUCUACCGGGGCACGGGCGGGAUGCUGUUGUCCUACAUACUGGACUGCUUUCGGACAAAACUGCUACAGGUUUUUUGCCUACAACAAAACUUGGGAGGACGCAGAAAACUACUGCCAGUCGUAUAGUGUGCCCUCUCUCGGCAGUGGAGGGACAGUUAUCGACAGCCUUGGGCACCUUGUUUCUAUCCAUUCUCAGGAAGAACAAAACUUCAUCUCAACAGUUUUCACAACUUCCCGGAAAAAAGAGACUGCACCGACGGCCAUGUGGCUUGGACUACACGAUAUAUCCACUGAAGGUGAAUUCGAAUGGACAGACGGGACUCCGAUGGACUUCACCAAGUGGUCACCAGGACAACCAGACGACUAUCGGACGCGGGAGGAUUGUGGGCAGAUGAGAAGCGAUUAUGGAAACAACUUGUGGAAUGACGUAGGAUGCCAAAGUGGCAGUAUACCCUUUUUCAUCUGCAAACUUCCUGCUAAUUAGGCCUAUAUCGAGAUGAAAUCUACCAUACACAAUGAUAACGACAAUGACGUAGCGGCGGUGGUGAUAAGAAAAACUUAUAACUGAAUUCAAAAGAUCUUUUUCGUAUAAAGCAACUACCAAUUCUAUCCAUUAUUAAAUUUUUGAAAUGAGGAUGACAAUUUACUGGCCAAACUGCAGUGGCGUAGAGAUAAGGGGUUUGGGGCGCUUGUC